AGAGGGCUGUGUUCAGUCCGCUCCCAACAGAGCCUGAGUCCAAAGGAAAGUUUGAGGUUUCACAUGUCUGUUUGCGGUACAGGAAAAGGCUUGUGAUCGGAGGGCUUGAUUCAGUGAAAUAACAUUGCCUUCGUGAGCAUUUGCUUCGUAAGAAGGGCAGGGGUUGGAAGCAACCGUUGUGAGACUUUAAAGAUUUGCUGGCAGAGGGAAAGGGAUUUUUUCCCUCCCUCCCGGCUGGGGAAAACAGUCCUAACGAGGAGCUAGCUACUUCGUAGUUUUAAGUCACACUCAAAUAUUCCCCGCCCAGAAGCUGCCGGCGAUCCCUGGGACUUCUCCAUCGGGCUGGGGCUCCGAGGGGCUUUCUGCGGCUCAGCCCCAUCCUCAAAGCCCUGCGGCAUGAGUUUGCAGAAGAGAAUCUUCCCUCGGAGGGAGAAUGGGACCCACGACGUGGCAGCUAAGCCCAGUCCAGUCACCACCCGCCACCCAAGGGCCGCAGACCAGGAGAAGAAGAAGGGCAGCCUCACCUCCUCUCUGAGGAUGGACCCGCACGGCCGUUCUGGAAGGAGCAGGAAAUCUACAAAACUGCGGUCCAUCUCCCGGUCCCUGAUGCUCUGUAACGCUAAGACCAGUGACGAUGGCUCAAGCCCCGAUGAGAGAUACCCGGAUCCCUUCGAGAUCUCCCUGGGCCAGGGCAAGGAGGGGAUUUUCCACUCGUCUGUGCAGCUGGCAGACACAUCGGAGGCUGGGCCCAGCAGCAUUCCUGAUCUGGCGCUGGCCUCCGAGGCGGUUCAAGUCCAAGCAGCCGGGAGCGACCGAGGCAAGAGCUGCCGGAGGCUACUCUUCAUGAAGGAAGCUUCCACAACGUCUUCCCGAGAAAAGUCUGGAAAAGUAGAAGCGCAGAGUAGUACCUUCCUGCUUCCCAAAGCCUGUCACCAAAGGACUCGCAGCAAUUCAACCAGUGUGAAUCCCUACUGCACAGGAGAAAUCGAUUUCCCGAUGAUCAAGAAAUCCUCGGUUUGUGCAGACAGACAGCCCUACUCCCUCUGCAGUAGCCGGAAGUCUCUGUCUCAGCAGCUGGACUGUCUAGCAGGCAGGGCUGCGGGCACCUCGAGACCCACACGGUCGCUCAGCACAGCUCAGCUCGCACAGCCCACGGGAGGCCUGCAGGCUUCCGUCAUCUCCAACAUCGUGCUGAUGAAGGGCCAGGCCAAGGGCCUGGGCUUCAGCAUCGUUGGGGGAAAGGAUAGCAUUUAUGGCCCCAUUGGAAUUUAUGUCAAAACCAUCUUUCCUGGGGGAGCGGCGGCAGCGGACGGAAGGCUGCAGGAAGGGGAUGAAAUUCUGGAACUCAAUGGCGAAUCGAUGGCCGGGCUCACACAUCAGGAUGCUUUGCAGAAGUUCAAGCAAGCCAAAAAGGGGCUCCUGACCCUCACGGUGAGAACGCGCCUGACGGCCCCCCACUCCCUGAGCAGCCACCUGUCCCCGCCGCUGUGCCGCUCCCUGAGCUCCAGCACCUGCGCCACCAAGGACGGCAGCUCCUUCGGCUUGGAAAGCCCGGCCGCCCCUGCCAGCACGGCCAAGGCCAACUACAGGGUCAUGGUGGAGGUCUCUCUGCAGAAAGAGGCCGGCGUCGGUCUGGGGAUCGGCCUGUGCAGCGUGCCCUACUUCCAGUGCAUCUCCGGCAUCUUCGUCCACACGCUCUCUCCGGGAUCCGUGGCACAUUUGGAUGGACGGCUCCGGUGCGGUGAUGAGAUCGUGGAAAUCAAUGACUCCCCCGUGCACUGCAUGACUCUCAACGAGGUCUACGCGAUCCUGAGUCGCUGCAGUCCCGGGCCGGUCCCCAUCAUCGUCAGCCGACACCCAGACCCGCAGGUGUCUGAACUGCAACUCAAAGAAGCUGUGGCCCAGGCUGUGGAGAACGUCAAGUUUGGAAAGGAGAGGCAUCAGUGGAGUCUGGAAGGUGUCAAGAGGCUGGAGAGUAGCUGGCACGGGCGGCCGACCUUGGAGAAGGAGAGAGAGAAGAACUCAGCACCCCCGCAUCGCAGGGCUCAGAAGGUCAUGAUCCGCUCCAGCAGCGACAGCAGCUACAUGUCUGGGUCCCCCGGGGGGAGUCCCAUUAGCGGCUGCGAGCAGCAGCCUUCUGACCCGGAAGUCCCCACCGACAGCCCCAGCCUGUCCCAGGGGCAGGAGCCGGGGACGCUUCCCACAGCUCCUUCCAGGCCGCCCCAGGAGAGCCCACCCCUCCCUGGGACGCAGGACAGCCACCCGCCCCUGAAGCUGAAGAAGUCCUUCGAGAUUUUGGUGAGAAAGCCCACGACCUCCAAGCCCAAGCCUCCGCCCAGAAAAUACUUCAAAAGUGACAGUGACCCUCAGAAGAGUCUGGUAGAGAGCGAAGACACCGUCGGCCCUUCUGGGCACACUGUGUCCCCGUGUGGCCAGGAAGCCAGAGAGCGGCUGCCACCGACGCUGCCGCAGGAAGACACAGCAGGGAGAGUCCCCUGCGCCCCUGCCUGCUGCCCGGGGCCUGCGGCCGGCCCGUCCACAGCACCCUCCUCGGAGGCAGACCCCGGGAGGAGAGGAGGCAGCCCAGGGGCCCCAGCCUCCGCCGUGAAGCACCCUCUCCUUAAGAGGCAGGCUCGGAUGGACUACAGCCUUGAUAGCACCGUCGAAGACCCCUGGGUUCGAAUUUCCGACUGCAUCAAAAACCUGUUCAGCCCCAUCAUGAGCGAGAACCACGGCCACGUGCCUCUGCCGCCCAACGUCAGUCUGGGUGAAGAAGUCGGGGUACGGGGCCACCCCGAUGGGACGCCGUCCAAGCCGGAGGCCGCCGGCGGUGCUCCCAAAGCUUACAAGUCGGCGGACGGCGGCACCGUGAAGAAGGGCCCUCCCGUGGCCCCCAAGCCCGCCUGGUUUCGCCAAAGUUUGAAAAGUUUGAGGACGCGUGCCCAGGAGCCGAGGCGGCUGCCCGACACAGCCUCCCCCGCCCAGCCGACCCCGGCUCCCCGGGAGCGCCCGGGGCCCCCCACUCGGACCUUCUCUUCCUCCAUCAAACAGAGGAUCAGCUCCUUUGAGACCUUUGGCUCCUCUCCACUGCCCAGCAGAGGAGCCCAGAGACAGAGCCUGCAGGCCUCCUGGGGGGAAGCAGCACAAGCUCCGGGGGAACAAGAGGGAGGACAGGGUCCCGGCAGCUUGGGGCGAGGAGCUCCCCACACCGUCGCGCUACAGCCACCAGAGCGAGAGCCGCCGUCGCGGGGGUCCCCCAGCUCCUCCGAGAACAAUGAGCCUGCUGUGUCAGCGUCCCCUCUGUCUGGACGGCAGUCGGGUCAGAAAACCCCCCUCCGUGACCCCGACCCUCUCUCGAGACUGCUGUCCGCACAGACGGAGGAGCCCCAGGGCCCCAUCGUCAAGAUGCCGGGCCAGCGGGCGCGGAGCUUCCCCCUGUCCCGGACCCAGUCCUGGGAGGUGAAGCCGCUGGAUGAGAAGACCAGCAAGCUCUACUCCAUCAGCAGCCAAGUGUCGUCGGCGGUCAUGAAGUCCCUGCUGUGCCUUCCGUCUUCCGUCUCCUGGGGCCAGACGCCCUGCAGCCCCAAGGAAGGGGGUUCUCCUGCGUCGUCGGCCGGGGACACCCCAGCCGCCAACAGUUCUGCAGAAACCCCUGCCUCGGACACGGGCUUCUCCCUCAACCUUUCAGAGCUGAGAGAGUACACAGAGGGCCUCGGUGAGCCCACGGAAGCUGAAAGCUGGGACCACGGCUCCCCUCAGCCUGGCCAGUCGGUCAUCUCCCUGCUGAGCUCCGAGGAGUUAAAGAAACUCAUCGAGGAAGUGAAGGUUCUGGAUGAAGCGACGUUGAAGCAAUUAGACAACAUCCACGUCACCGUCUUGCACAAGGAGGAAGGGGCCGGCCUGGGGUUCAGCCUGGCAGGGGGAGCGGAUCUAGAAAACAAAGUGAUCACGGUCUCUGCGGACUCCAGACAACCUGCACAGGUUCCUGCGAGGGAACCUGAAUCACUUGUGGAAACGCAAAAUAAAUGACUAAAUAAAUAAAAACUCCCAGGUGUCUCAGCCUCACAGCGGGACCGCUGGGCCAGGAUUUCUCGACGUCAAAGGGGACGUUCUAAGAAACAGCAAACCCAGCGAAUGUCACGGGAUCGUACACCUGGAAGCGGCUCAUUGUGCGUUGUGCGAAUUUCAAGUCAACAACAACAAUUUGAAGCAGAUUUUAUCCAACGUCUCUUGCUUUGGACAAGGAGAUGAGGAAGCUGUUCACGGCUGGACAUUUAGACCGGGAUGGUUUAUGGUUUCGGGGCCUCCACGGAAGGCUGUGCAGCUGGGACCGGACACCUGCACGUGACAGCUGCGUUGUCGCAGGGCCUCCUGGUGCGGCGCAUGUGCAUUCCCCUGCCCGGCCGGAGGCUGACCCUCCAGCUCACCACCUGCCUGCACGGAGCACCCACCUCCCGGCCGGUGACUCGGCUGUUCCGACCGCCCCCGCGUGAGCGGUGACUUCCUUCUCUGAAGCAGGCUCUCUGCCCCAAGAAAAGCACCGAAAACCACCCAGGACCUGUUUCUGUCCCAAGGCACCCAGUCCCGGACUGCAAAGAGCCCCCGGCUGUGCGGUUGACCUUCCGUUUGAGGAGGAGUGAGAGCCGGGCCUGUGAGAAGAGCCCUUGGGAUCCUGGGUUCUGCCCUGAGGGGUGACCUGUCUCUGUCCCCUUUGGCCAGCCUCCCUGGACACCAAACAGACAAUGCAUGUCGGCCAGGCACGGGCACCAGACUCCCUCUCUCACCCUCCGGACGGGAAUACGUCCUUUCCUUUCCCGAGUCGUCACUGCAAGAGAACCGAUGCUGAGCACCGUCCGUGACCGAGGGCCGUGCCGGACACUCACUGGCUCAUGUCAACCAUCUUCCCCCUGACUCAGGGAGCGGGGGUGGACAAGGAGGGACUCCGGCAGGGGACGGAGAUGCCCACCAGAACUUCUGCUUCGUACCUGGGUCUCCUACAGAGCCUGGAGAGCCUCGCCACGUCUGACUGCGACGCAGAAUUUUUCGGAAACCAAAAUAACGGAGAGAAGCUGAGAGCCUGGUUUGCACGAUGCUGUCACACGUCUCAGUGACAGCCCCGCACGCCGUCGCGCAGUCCCUUCGCACUGUGCACGGUAGAACUGGGUAGAAAGGGGACCGGGAGGGGCCCCCUUUCAGCAAAAUAGAAAUUCUGGGUCAGAAUUUCUGCGGGAGGAGCUUUAAAAAUGCCCAGACUUCCCAGAAAAGCAUUUCUCAAAAAAUCAUCCUGCGGAAGAUGGGGGCCUGAGAACUGCGCCCGGAAAAAAAGGAUGGUUUGUGAAAGGCUUUCGGGGGUCACGGCGCGCUCCUCCAGGAGUGCGGCGCACACUGGCUUUGCUGAGUCUCUAAUACGUCUUCCGACCAACUGGAGACCUUUUCAGACCUUCCGUUGCACCCAGACCUUAGAGCCUUUCCCUAUACAAGGAUCCCGCAGGAGGCACAGAACCUGUGCUUCGGGAAAACACUCCAGGAGGCGCUGCCGAGCAGGGAAGGCGAGAGAUUUGAACUGGGUUGUUUACUGGGAUUGCCGGACCGGCUAGGGCAUUGUGUUGGGAAGGGUUCUGAGGAUGGGUCUGACCACUCUCGCUGGGGAUCUCUGCUCUGGGUGUCUGGGUUUGACCACCUGGUCUGGAUCCUCUUCCAGCACGCGUCUGGAGCUGACGCCGGCUGGUUCCGGGGUCUUGACUUCCGUUGGU